AUGAGAGAAUGUCUCCCUCAGGAGAGUGGCUCCAGGCUCUCUCUCUCUCUCUCAGCUCCCUGGCCAGUCCUGCUCCUCCACUCCUCUGGUGACACACCUCACUGGCCGCGCCCUCCUGGUGACCACCUCAGGCCUCCUGGUGACCGUCUCAGGCCUCCUGGUGACUGUCUCAGGCCUCCUGGUGACUGUCUCAGGCCUCCUGGUGACUGUCUCAGGCCUCCUGGUGACCGCCUCAGGCCUCCUGGUGACCACCUCAGGCCUCCUGGUGACCACCUCAGGCCUCCUGGUGACCGCCUCAGGCCUCCUGGUGACCGCCUCAGGCCUCCUGGUGACCACCUCAGGCCUCCUGGUGACCGCCUCAGGCCUCCUGGUGACCGCCUCAGGCCUCCUGGUGACCACCUCAGGCCUCCUGGUGACCACCUCAGGCCUCUUGGUGACCGCCUCCGGCCUCCUGGUGACCGCCUCAGGCCUCCUGGUGACCGUCUCAGGCCUCCUGGUGACCGCCUCCGGCCUCCUGGUGACCGCCUCAGGCCUCCUGGUGACCACCUCCGGCCUCCUGGUGACCGCCUCAGGCCUCCUGGUGACCACCUCCGGCCUCCUGGUGACCGCCUCAGGCCUCCUGGUGACUGCCUCCGGCCUCCUGGUGACCACCUCCGGCCUCCUGGUGACUGCCUCCGGCCUCCUGGUGACCACCUCCGGCCUCCUGGUGACCGCCUCAGGCCUCCUGGUGACCACCUCAGGCCUCCUGGUGACCACCUCAGGCCUCCUGGUGACCACCUCAGGCCUCUUGGUGACCGCCUCAGGCCUCCUGGUGACUGCCUCCGGCCUCCUGGUGACCGCCUCAGGCCUCCUGGUGACCGUCUCAGGCCUCCUGGUGACCACCUCCGGCCUCCUGGUGACCGCCUCAGGCCUCCUGGUGACCACCUCAGGCCUCCUGGUGACCACCUCAGGCCUCUUGGUGACCGCCUCAGGCCUCCUGGUGACUGCCUCCGGCCUCCUGGUGACCGCCUCAGGCCUCCUGGUGACCGUCUCAGGCCUCCUGGUGACCGCCUCCGGCCUCCUGGUGACCGCCUCCGGCCUCCUGGUGACCGCCUCCGGCCUCCUGGUGACCACCUCAGGCCUCCUGGUGACCGCCUCAGGCCUCCUGGUGACCGCCUCCGGCCUCCUGGUGACCGCCUCCGGCCUCCUGGUGACCGCCUCCGGCCUCCUGGUGACCACCUCAGGCCUCCUGGUGACCGCCUCAGGCCUCCUGGUGACCGCCUCAGGCCUCCUGGUGACCGCCUCAGGCCUCCUGGUGACCACCUCAGGCCUCCUGGUGACCGCCUCAGGCCUCCUGGUGACCGCCUCAGGCCUCCUGGUGACCUCACCCCGGAGGACAGUCACCAGGAGGGCGUAACACCUAAUUUUAUCUCCUGA